AUGUAGCUAACAGAGAGCGAAGGUCGUACUGAGGGAACAUAGCGCUUGCUAGUUCGUUAGCUGAAGUUACUCACUUUGACUCGACACAUAGUCAUAAAUUUAGUUGUUAUUAAUUAUAUUAACGUCUAUAAUGCCUAGAGGAAGCCGAAGCCGAACUUCUAGGAUGGCUCCUCCGAGCUACUCCUCCCGCCCAGCACCGCCACCUCCACCAAUGGCCAGAGCAGCACCACCGCCGGUUCCUGCUCCAGCCCCUGCAUCUGCCGUGGGUGCUCCCGCAGCAGCCCCCAGGCAGCCUGGCAUGUUUGCCCAGAUGGCCACCACUGCAGCGGGUGUUGCGGUUGGCUCAGCUGUGGGCCACACCAUUGGCCAUGCCAUGACCGGUGGUUUCGGCGGUGGAGGACAUUCUGAGGCUGCCAGGCCUGAUGUCACCUAUCAGGAACCCUAUCAGGCUCAGCCAGCGUACCAGCAGCAACAAAUGUACCAGCAGGGCCAGAAUCCCUGUGCGUAUGAGCUGAAGCAGUUCAUCGACUGUGCGCAGACACAGAGUGACCUCAAGCUCUGUGAGGGAUUUAGUGAAGUUCUCAAACAGUGCAAAUUCUCCAAUGGAUUGUCCUGAGAUUGGAAUGAUGGCUUCACUCAUAACUACUAAAAAUCAUCAAACAGUGGGACCUACAUGAGACACGUUUCAUUACAGGAUGCACUGAGUAACUGUUCAAGAUGUACAUUUAAUAUUUAUAUAGUUGCAUAAGAAAUUUAGAUCAGCAUUGUAUCCAUAGUUUCAGUACAUUACCUAUCCAUAGUGAACAAAAACAAUAAAACAAAUCUUUAUCAGGUG